CAGUUUUCUCCCUUAGCAGCUUCUUCGGUUAAAAAGAACUACAUUGAACUCUACGAACUUCUGCUGUAUUGUUUAUAAAAUUUUGUUUCGGGGUAUUCAGUCGUUCGUAUUAUUCCAUGAUUUAAAGGACAUAUUUGUAUUAAGGUGUAUAGCAUCAUGUCGAUUCCUGUGGCUCCUACUUCUGGUAUUGGUAUUCCUUCGCAGCCUAGGCUGGUAUCCUUUCCACAAAUUCCAAAAAUUGUUCAGGAUGUAGUUGAUUGUGUUCACCAGUUGAAGAGUGAUUUUGGGGAGCAGAUGUCUCCUAUAACAGAUGACAGUCAGGUACUGCAACGCUUCUGUGCAAAACUUGAAUACCUUCUACAGUAUGAAAUUAAAGAUCGUUUCACUUUGCUUGGAAAGCGAAAAGACUACUGGGACUACUUUUGUGAGUGUCUGGGUUCCAACAAGGGGUCCAAUGAUGGAAUAAGAUAUGUGAAGUCACUGGGAGAGCACAAAACGUCCCUAGGAAAAGGACGAGCAUUUAUACGGUUUGCUUUGGUACACCAAAGGCUGGCAGACAGUUUGCAGCAGUGUAUCAUCAAUCAAAAAACAACCAGUGAAUGGUACAACCCUGCUAGUAUCUGGCUGCAGUCAAAGACUUCUUCUGGUGUAGUCAGCAUCCUUUAUGACCUCAAUGAUAUCCACUUUGAUCUGUCACCAAGAGGAUAUGACCUUGACAGUUCUUGGCCAUCUUUUGCAAGAAAAUCCUCUGGAAACAGUAGCUGGAAUGUACCUUUGAGUAGGAGGUCCAGUAUCACAAGCAUGGACACUAUUAGCCUAUCAGGAGCUUCCACAGCUGAUGCAAGCGAAAUUGAUCGACUUCAGCAGCAACUGGCAUCAGCAGAAAAUGCACAUGCUAUCUUAUCCAGCACUAUGGGAUCUCUAGAACAAGAGAGACAGAGAGCAGAGCAGUCAGUGUGGAUAAGUCAGGGGGAACUAAGUGCAAUUCAAGAACAGCUUAAAGCUUCUAUGGCUGACUUUAAUGAGCUGCAAAAACAGUACACAGUUUUGGAGAUGAGUCAUGAGGCCCUCAGGAGGAAAAAACAGGAAGAUGACGAGCAAAAUAAAAUGAAGACGGAGGAUCUGGAUUUGAUGCAGAGCAAACUGGCUGUAGAAAGGGAAAGACUUGUGGGAGAAAGAGAUCAAAUGAGAAGCCAACUGGAGGAAGAGAAGUGCAAAUUCCAGAAAGAAAUUCAACUCGUGGAACACAAACUGAGUGAAAUGGGAGAUUCAAAGGACAACUUGGCUAGCAAGGUGCAAUUUCUGGAAGAAAAGUUGGAUCAGAUGAGGGAUUGGGACUCAAAAAAAGAUCAGCACAUUUCCAAAUUGGAGCAGCAGAUUGUUUCCCUUGAACAGAGAAAUCUUGAACUGAGUGAUGAUCUAGCCAAAAGCCUUUCAGCUAGAGAGAAAGAUGCAGAGAAUCAACAUGAUUCUGUCAAAAAAUUUCAUGAUCUUUUAGAAAAAAUGAAAGAUGUUGAGAGCCAAAAUAUUCAGCUCCAGGCAUCUGUAGCUGAGUUGAAGCACAAAUUAACAGUUGCAGAAAAUAUCUAUCAGGAUGAAUUAUCCAAGACCAGUCAACUUUCAGCACAGUUAACAGAAGAAACUUUGAGAAAGGAAUCCCUGUCAGUUGAGCUGAGACUCAAAGUAGAGGAACUCAUGAAUACUCAAAGGACAGCACUACAGUCCCAAGAAGAACUGCAGUCUGAACUUGAGAAGGCUCACAAAAAACUCAGCCAAGUGACACUGGACCUGAGCAAGAAAGAAAGGCAUAUAUCUGAUGCUGUCAGUAGACAUUCCAAAAUCUCAGGUCCUACUUUUACAUCUUUUGACAGCCUAUGGUGAGCUGAGGCUUUGUCAGGCAAAAUUCCUGAUAUAAUGGAAUGUGAUGAAGAAGAUCUUAGAACUUUUGUGGAAGUAUGUCAGAAAUCUGCUGCUGAAAGAAAGUCACUUUUAGAUACCAAACUCAAAAACCUUGAGACAGCAAAUGAAAGACUUAGAGAAGAAAAAUACAGUCUACAGCAGUCAGUUUUACAUGUUCUCAAAUGCUUACCUGACCAGUCAGACAACAGUGCGACAGAGUUAACACAGCAAACACGAGAAAUGGAGAGGAAAGUGCAAGCCAUAUGUGUUCAGUUAUCUGACCUUACCAGUGAGAGAAACUUUCUCAAGGAACAGUUACAAGGAGAACAUUCUGAGAAGGGGAAUCAAUUAAGUCAUUUGGAAGGGAGGCUGCUAGAACUGGAAAAGAUGUUGAAAGAGUCACGCAUUUCAGAAAGUUCUUUACAGAGUCAGCUUGGAAAUCUCCAGCAAAAAUAUGAUGAAUCACAAAACUCUCUGUCUCUCCUCAAAGUUUCAGUUUCUGACCUUGAAGGAAAACAUACAGUCAUUCUUCAGGAAUCAGAAGGUCUCAAGCAACAGUAUGCUUCUGUGUUCGAUGAUAAAGAAAGACUCCAUCAAGAAGUGGAUUCACAGAAACAUGAAAAAGCAUAUUUAGAACAACAGUUACUUGUGAAAGUGGCAGAAUGUGAAAGACUAAACCUAACUUUAGAAGAGAAAAGUGCUGAGUUAGUUUCUUUCAGGAAUUUGCAUGAGGAAGUUGUGCUUAAACAUAAACAUGAUUAUUCUCAACUUGCUGAUCAACAACAACAAACUCAAACAGAACUUAUUAAGGUGAAGGAAGAAUUAAGUCAGGCAACAUCUCGCCUUUCUGAGUUAAUGACAAAUAAUUGUUCAUUGGAGUCCCAGAGAGAGGAGUUAGAAAAAGAGCUAAAGAGUUCAACAAGUGCUUUACAAGAAAAAGAGCUCUUUACAUCUGAAGAGAUUAGGAAUCUCUCUGUACAGCUAGAUGUGUUCAGACUGCAGAAGGAAGAUUUGCAAAAGUCAGCAAGUUCAUCGGAAGAAGAGAAACUAAAAAUUAUCUCUGAAAAAGAAACAUGCAUUAAUGAGCUUGAAAAACAAAAGUCUAACCUUGAGCAAGAAAAAAUAGAACUGAUAAAAAAAUGUGAUGCACUCCAGAAGAAAAUUCAAAAUAUCAGUUACGGAUUGCUGAAAUUGAAAAAACAAAUCAGGUAGAACGAAAGACAAGGAGCGAAGUUGAAGCUCUUAAAGGAAGAAGUGCAGUCACUCAAGGAAGAAAACAUCACAUUACUUGAAGAGCUGGAAGAGGUCAAAUAUGAACUUGGCAGGAAAACAGAAGAACUACAGAAAGCAAAAGCUGAAGCGGAAAGUAAAAAAGAGGAAAGUGAGAGGCUUCGGAGUGACUCAGCUACAGAAAAAUAUGAACUGGAAGACAGCUUAGAAAAGCUGCAGUUACGGUUUUGUGAACUUCAAACGUCAAUGGAUGUCAUAAUCAAGGAAAAAGAAGAUUUAAUGUCUUUGCGAGACAGCAUGCAAGAGGAAAUAAUUGAGUUAAAACAAGAUUUGGCUGCUUCUGGUGACAGCUAUCAAUUUCUUUUACAAAGCAGCCAAAAAGUCUAUGAGGAGAAAGAUAAUGAAAUAAUACUUACGAGAUCUGAGAUUCAGCAGGUUGAGGAAAAGCUAAAGACUCUUUCUUCAGAACUGGACAUGGUCACCCAAGAGAAAAAUUCACUGGAGAUCAAAGUAUGGACUUUAGAAAAAUCUGAAGAGGAUUUGAAAGAAGAAAAUGCUGUUAAACACAGACUCUUGGAUACUAGGAGUAAACAGCUUGAAGAACUGAAGCAGGUUGUGGUCAGUCUCACCAGUUCUGUUACAGUGUUAGAAGAGGAUGCCAGGUCUAAACAAGGCGAACUAGACAAGAUGAAAACAGUCUUAGAAGAGAAGGAAAACUCCUAUGUUACUCAGAUUGAGUCCCUCCAGCAGGAAUUAUCUGCUCUUCAGUUCCAGCUCAGUGCAGAGCAAAUGCAACAUGAAGAAUCUUUACGUUCAAUGGGCAGUCAUGAGACCAGUUUGGCAGAUAUGUCCACACGUCUCAGUGAUCAGGAAGCGGUCAUCUCACAUUUGGAGAAAGAACUAAUUUCUUUGCAAACAUCAUUUGAAACUGAGCGGAACAAUAUGCAGAUGCAGUUAGGAGAUCUCAAGAAACUGCUAAAAACUAAGGAAAUGGAAUGCAAACAACUAGCAGACAGCCUACAAAGGACAUCAGACAAAUUGGGAGAGUCAUUAUCAGCUGGAGAGUCACUUCAGAUACAAAACUCAUUGCUGAGAAAGAAUAUUGAUCGUGACAUUGAGGAGAGAGAAGAAGAGAUCAGAACCUUAAGGUCUGACAAUGAGCAGCUGAAGAAACAGCUGAUUAAAGUUAUCAGGGAAAAGGCAGCCCUUUGGCAACAGUCAGAUUCGCUGGCCUAUGAGCAUAAACGCAAAGCUGAAGAAAAGUGGCUGGAUAACAGUGUUGUAACCCAAUGCAUGGGCUGUGGUUCAGAAUUUUCCCUCUUUCUGAGAAAGCACCAUUGUCGUUUGUGUGGGAGGAUCUUCUGCUAUAACUGCUCUGACAAGUGGGUUGAGUCUACAUCUAGCAGUCGUAAGGCUAGGGCAUGCAGAAGAUGUUUUGAAGACCUGCAGAAUUUGGAUGUGAGUGUAGCCAAGGCUUCUCUACUGCCUGAAUUCAGUGAUGACGACAGCAGCAAUAUGGGCAGUGACAUUGCCUCACCCUUCGAUUCACAAGCUGACAACAGAUCAAAUGCAAGUUUCAACCAAACAACCCACACUGAAUUUUCUUUGAAUUCUGGAGCAGAUGACGAAAAUAGUUCGGUUCAAUCCUGCGAGGAUAUCUACAGAUCUACUGGUGGUAGUGAUGAAAGAAUAGAAGAGAGCACCCCGGAUCCCACAAUUCCUACACCUGUCAGUGGCCUCACAACAGCAGGUAGUGAUGCAAGUUUGUCAGAGAGUGUGUCACAUGAUGGUGCCUUCCAGGUGAUCACACAAGAGGAGAUAACAAAAUCCAUCAAGGCAUACGACAGUUCCAGCAUGCCACAGACCACCAUUGAUGUACCAAACAUGUCUUCCAGUUUGUUGCUAUCAGCUGAAGAUUUGUUGAAAGGUGAGAUCAACAACCAGAGUGAAGUCCGAGUUAAGGCAGGACACAGCUAUGUAGUGCCCAUAUCAAUAGAUGCACCUUUUACUGCCGUUGACUGGGAAUUUACUGUCACUCCAAAGGACAUCCAGUUUAGUAUCAUGUAUCAAUAUGAUGAAAACCAGCCCAUAAGCAAGGCUGAAGAGGUGUUGGCCCCUGUACGAUGCAACUCUAUGAAAGAGCCAGUUAGAGGGCAGCUAAAAGCCAAGAAACCUGGAAUCUAUAAUCUUCUCUUUGACAACAGCUAUUCCAAAAUGACUCAAAAGAAAAUUCACUACAAGCUGACAUGCAGCAGGUUAUCAUGAGCCUUUUGAGGGAAAGUUUAUAUAGUAUUUUAAUCCAGUGGAGAAAAUACUUCUUUCCUGUUAUCUUAAUAAUAUCAGUAUGUAGAUAAUUUUUUUUGUGACAUUUUCCUCCUUCAACUUUCUAAGAUUUUUCAAAUGUGCUCUUUGUCAUGCCUUAUCCAUGUGUAGCAGAGCAGGAGUGUUUAUUUGUAGCUCUAAGACAAAGGAAGAGCAAAUUGUUUGAAGAAUGGAUAGCUGGAAAAGAAGUAGCUAGUUGGGAGAACUCCAUAUAGUCAUCUGUUAAGUACUCGAAGAAAGGAAAUGGUAUUUUGAAUAAAAGGUCAGGGCAGCAAAUGAGCAAGCUAACUGGUGAGACAUGAUGGGUGGACAGUUUUUCUAUUUCUCAGCUGAUUGCUGCACAGUUGGAAGCCUAAAGUUUUAGAUAUCUGUGACUUACUGAGCCAUUGAAUAAGCUGUUUACCUAAAUGUCUAAUAUCUGGAUAUGAUUGUGUGUGGAUAUAUCUUGAUAUGUGCUGAAGGGAUUUUUUUGUGUACUAUGACAUGUGUUAACUCUAAUGAAGGAUACAUGCAUCAUAGGAAAUAUGAAGAUACACCGCUCAUACAGUGAACGGUUAUGUUCUUAGUCCUGUUUGCCCCCAGUGGAGCAUAGAACCACAACCAGCACCAGCAGAUUUGGUUCUGGGCUUCCUUCAUUUGGUUCCAUGUCAUCCCAGCUGCCUCUGACUCACUGUUGACUGACCUCCGUCUGUCUGGGUCUCCUAACCCUGCGCUUCCCAGACUGUUAUGUGACUAGAACAGUGGUUCUUAACCGGGGUUCUAUCAAACCCUAGGGGUUCGGUGAGUCGGUCUCAGGGUUCGGCAGAGCCUCCUCCACGGAGGUCAAGACACACUAAUGACACUAAAGAAGGGUUACGUGAAUGUGUAUAUAAAACUUGUGGGUUCGAUACCUCAAACAAGGUUAAGAACCACUGGACUAGAAUAUUUGUGCAUUGAAGUUGUGAAGUGCCUUUGUGAAAAUGGCGUUAUUUGUGAAAUCAAGUUUAGUGCUAAACAUUUAUUCAAAUGAAAUCAGUUUUUUGGCACAGUAAAGCUUGUAUUCUUGUUUAUGCACAAGUCUCUGCAUUUAGAGGUGUAUGCAUUUUUUAUACACACACGUGCAGUCCUCAUGGUGAUGGUCAAAACUUCUGGACAAUGUGUCUACAGAUUAUUCGACCACUCACGCACUAUUGUGAUGAGAGCAUGACUGGUGUAUUUUGCUGUGAUGUUUGCUAACCAGAAUAGUUUUCAAAACGAUAAUUUAAGUGAUUUGUACAAUAGAUGUGUAUAUAGUUUCAAGAGGACUGUACUCUCAUUUUUACCACAGCUGGACAUCCUUGAUAAGGAAUGUUCUAUGAUGCUCCAGACAUAAAACCCACAAGGAGAAUAAAUUCUAACCAGCAAGUAGAUAUGACAUUUUGCAGUUUGAGUUAAACUUUAAAAAUUGAAGUUCAGUGCAGUCAUGCAUUAGCUUUGCAACUCAAUAUUAUUUGAUCUUAUAACUGCUCUGAAAAGAUGAAUUAGAAGGAGAGGAGUGGCCACAACCAUUAUCAACAGUCUAAAAUGUAUAUACAGUAGUUUUCUAAGAAGACCUGGCAAAGGAGUUUUGUCUUCUUGAUAAAGGAGAAAAGGAUCCUAGCUGAGAAUUACAUCAAAAUAAACGCUCAGACAGUACCACCACAUUUAAACUGUUUAGCAACAGUGUGAUAUGUGAUAAAAUAUCAGAAUAGUCUGAUUUAUUGGCAUACAGGUGUAUAUGUGAAUGUAUAUAUUUUAAUAUUGCAGGAAAUAUAUUGUACAUUUCUAGUAUUUUUGUUACCAGCCAUUCUCUGUGUGUUACAUAGGGAAGGUGUGCAUGCAUUUGUGCUUAUACAUACAACUGCACAUCUGUAAACAUGGAGGUAAACCAAACUGUGAGCAUGCACAUUUUUGCAUGCCUUUGGUACCUGUCAUGUAAUGUUAAAAAAAAAAGUUAUUGUCAUAAGCACAACAAGACUAGGUUUAGAGACUUUUUGAAGUUUUAUUUUUAUAAAACUCAACAUACUGUUUGAAUUCUGUUGAACAUUAUGGACGGAAUGUUAAGUCACUGGAAACAUAAAAUCUCUUGACAUUGAUAA